CUUCUCCCAUGGCUAAGAAAACCCAACGCAUGGAAAACCAUUCUACUCGGUUGUUUCACAAACAAACACAUUCGCUUAGACCCACAGACUCUUGUUUCUAAAAACGGGUACUUCACAGAGAUCAAUAUCCGAUGUUAGUUCAUCACUUUCCAUCAUCAAUGGACUUUCGAAUUCUAUCGUUGGGUGGGACCUUCAUGAAUUCACUAUGGCGGAACUUACGAUGCUACACAUGAUUUCGCAUCUAGUAAUAUCUUGUUGAAGGUGGGUUCGGAACGGUUCAUAAGGGUUUUUAUAGAUGAUAACUUAGACGGGUUUAGAGGCUCAACCGGUUGCCGUCAAGCUCUGGAUUUAGAUGGUGGUCAAGGCCACAAUGAAUGGCUUGGGCAAUUGGAAAGUCAAUUAUUCAGAAGGUAUUCAAUCUCAUUGCCAUGGUUGACCCGGAUUCAAAUAGCACUUGGUGCGGCAAAAGGUCUCGCCUUUCUUCAUGGCCGAGGACAAACCCGUCAUUUACCGCGACUUUAAAACUUCGAAUAUUAUUAGCAUCGGAUUAUACUGCUAAACUAUCGGAUUUUGGGCUAGCGAAAGAGGACCAGAAGGGAGAUGAGACGCACGGGCAAAGAAGGCGGCGGCGUUGGCUAGCCGGUGGUCUAAGCCACCACCCGAAAUGCCGACCUGCCUAUGACGGAAGUGGUGAAGACGUUGGAACAUAUACUGGAGUUGGACGAUUUGGAAGUGGUUCGUUGUGUAAUGCUCCUAAAGAAAGAAGGAGGAAAGAGAAAGGUGUUGAAAAAGAAAGAAAGAGGGAGUUAAGGAUGUUCGUAGGAGUAGGAGUGGGAGUAGUAGCUCCGGCGAGAAGGCGGAGGUAG